GAAGUCCUGCUAUAAAAUUAGGGUUUUGUAUUAGCUCCUCACUCAGAAUCUUAAAGUGGUAGCUUUUGUUUUCUGCCUACGGAGCCGGAGCGGAAGAAGAAGCAGAAGAUGGGUCACUCAAAUGUGUGGAACUCUCACCCCAAGAACUACGGCCCUGGAUCGCGUACCUGCCGUGUUUGUGGAAACCCACAUGGGUUGAUCAGGAAGUAUGGUCUCAUGUGCUGCAGACAGUGCUUCCGCAGCAAUGCCAAGGAAAUUGGUUUCAUCAAGUAUCGUUAAGGGGUAAGUAGGCCCAAGUGCCAAGCGGCAUGAAGUGGAGCUAAUUUGGACAACUUUACACCCAUCUUUAAAUUUUUAUUGCUUUAAUAGUUAUUAGCAUUGUGUUCUCAUUGAACAAAAUGACUUAUCUCAGUUGCCUGCCUUGUUGAUUUUGACAUUUGCUACUAGUAUUUCCUCAUCGGGUGUUUGCUUGCACUGGUUCAAUGUGAGGAUCGCCUUAUUUGGAGAUGUUACAGCUGUUUUGAUUACAUAUUUGAAUGGAAGGUUUCGUAGUUAACUUUUGAUUUGAA